CUGUUUGGAACUUUAAAGAAGUUUCUCGACUUUCCCGAGGAAGGUUUAUUUAAGCUGUGGUUUGGGAAUAGGAGGGGAAGUUUUCUUCAGGAGAGAGAGCAAGAGAGAGAGAGAGAGCAACGUGAUCAGGUGUAUUAUUUAUUUUUAAUCCUUCAGCAGAGGAAUUUCUGUCCCCACUCUCUUUGGGAUUCAAGCAAACAGGAGCCUGGCUGCCUGCUCUGGUUAAUUUCUCACUUUUGUUUCUUUGCAAGAAGCUGUGCCUUUUUUUUCGUUUCGCGUUGGAGGGGAAAGGGACAUUCAUUCUGUCGGCUUUUCUAGGUGGAAAGCAAAGGAGCUGGUGUCUAAACAGAAUCCUGAAGCUGCAACUUGAUUUCUGCCGGCGGUUUGUUGCUUAAGCGGACAACACUGUCCUUUGGCCCUCACGCGAGCAACUUUUUUUGUGUACAGAUCAGACCUCGGCCAGGUAUUUCCGUGGGAUUCUUCUUCCUUCCAUAGUUUUCGGCUCUUGGUUCCGACUGGAAAGAAGGGAAUGGCCGAUAGCCAGAUACCUUUCCCCUGCCAUUAUUCUCCCCGGCACCGAACUCUUCGAGACCCAUUCAGGGAACCCAGCUUGUCCUCUCGGCUUUUGGAUGACGACUUUGGAAUGUCCCCCUUUUCUGGAGACCUGACAGCAGACUGGCCGGAUUGGGCCCGCUCACGGCUGACCACUGGAUGGCCGGGCCCGCUCAGGUCAGGGAUGGUGCGAACCUCCGGCCUUUCCCCACCAGGCUACAGCUCCAGGUUUGGGGGAUACACAGAAGGGGCACCCUAUGGAGUCAGUCCUUCGAGCUGUUCCGGCGAACCAUGGAAAGUGUGUGUCAACGUGCAAAGCUUUAAACCGGAGGAACUGACCGUGAAAACCAAGGAUGGUUAUGUGGAAGUGUCAGGUAAACACGAAGAACAACAGAUGGAAGGAGGGAUCGUCUCUAAGAAUUUCACCAAGAAAAUCCAGCUUCCUGGAGAGGUCGACCCCACCACGGUUUUCGCCUCCUUGUCACCGGAGGGUCUACUGAUCAUUGAGGCACCGCAAAUACCUCCUUACUAUCAGUACGGAGACUGCAGCUAUGGGAACGAGAUACCUUUGGACAACCAAGAAGCCACCUGUGCCUGAAGCGAGCCUUCCUCGCCGUCCGUCCCCCCCCGCCUUUGCCCCCCACUUUCUCUCCACGUACGAUUGCAUUCACCAAAAGCCUAUUUGAUGUUGUACAUUUUUUUUAUCAAAAGCUGGUCCCCGACAUGUCCCGCUCUUUUCCCCAGUGUGCUGAUUGGACCUGCAUGUCAGGGGGAGAAGGUGGGUGGUUUAGCCUGACCGUUGAGGCUUUUGUAUCAGUAGCCUUUUCCUUUCCUUUCCUUUUUAAAUAACAUCUCGUGUUUGCUCACCUGUUGCCAUGACCCGCCCCCAGGAGUGACCAUGAGCCUGAAGGAUUCACUCCAGAAACUCUGUAGCACCUCACCAGAGACAUACUCUGAGAAGGAACCUCUGGAAGACAUGGAGGAGGAGAAGUUGUCAUCUUCUGAGUCCAGACUGGUGGUUUAGAUCUUCCAAGCAAAGCAACUAGAUGCAAUAAGCCUGUGUGCACCAGUUGCUGGGGAACAUGGGCAGGAGGGUGCUGUUGCACCAUGUCCUGCUUGUUCAUCCCUGGCUGAUGGCUGGUUGGCCACUGUGUGAACAGAGUGCUGGACUGGAUGGACCCUUGGUCUGAUCCAGCAGGGCACUUCUGGUGUUCUUAUGCAGGGUCAGCACCACAGUUGAAGAGACCCUGGACCAAGUGUCCACAAGUGCCCUCCUCCACCCUAUACCAGGGGCUUGCACACUUACCUGAGAGAGGUAGCUAGGGCAGCCAGUUAUGAAUCACCAAAUAAGAAGACAGAAGAGGGUGCCAGUUGGCAUAAAAUGUACAUAGGCUAGUUCAUAUAAAAAUAUGCCUGGUGGGGAGAAAGUGGCUAGGGAGACAUUCUUCUCCCUCUUAUCAGAUUGGAACCCGGGGCCAUCCCAUAAAGUAGAUUGGUGGAAGAUUCAGGACAGAGGAAAGGCAGGACUUCUUCACACAGCGCAGAGCUGAACUAUGGAACUCACUUCCGCAAGACGUAGUAGUGAUGGCCACCAAUUUGGAUGGCUUCAAAAGAGGAUUGAACAAAUUCAUGGAGGAGAAGACUAUCAAUGGUUACUAGUCCUGAUGGCUCUGUGCUACCUCCAGAGGCAGUAGGCCUAUGUACAUCUGUUGCUGGGGAACAUGGGCGGGAGGGUGCUGUUGCACCCAUGUCCUGCUUGCGGGUUCCUCAUCAACAGCUGGUUGGCCUCUCUGUGUGAACCGAAUGUUGGACUAGAUGGACCCUUGGUCUGAUCCAGCAGGGCUCUCCUUAGAUUCUAACCCACAACUGAUUUUGCACUAAAGUUGUCUUCCUGGGUUGAAAGCGUCCGUCAAAGUUUACAAGCGUUUCUGGAGCAUCGCUGUUGAACGACUGGAGAAAACUGAGAACGUCUCAGCCCUCAAGAGAGGGGGAGUUUUCAGCGCUCUUUGCUCUUUUCCAACUGGCUUCUCUUCAUCAUGACUGUCUCUGUAGCCUCACAAAUGCCGUUCUGGCAUCAUGACAAGACAAGCCAACUUAGUCUUACAGAAACUCGGGAUUGCAACAGCACCGCCUGAACUGCUUCUCCUCCUAUAUAUAUACUCCCUUGCAAAUUAACACUCUGGACGGCCCACGGUUUCAUCCAUGGUCUUAUACAUGCUCCAGCAUUGUUUAUCUGUAUAUUGGAUGUAGCAACAAGUCGCCCCUGUCAUUAAUCUAGUUUUGGUGUAUGUGAGAUCUUUCUGACACUAGGAAGAAAUAGUUUAUUAUUCCCAACCACAGACGGUAUUUAAACAUGUGAAAUAUACAACUGUUUGGAUUCGUUCCCCUUUUCUUCUGCCAAACAAGACUUCUGCUUUUCUUUGAAGAAUAAACCCAGGCUGAAGUUUU